AUUCCUUCCAGACGGCUCCCAGCUCCACUCAGCCUGCUUUCCAAACGAGUCCCGGGGUUAAUCCUUACGGGGGAAAUCGGUCAGCCGGAGCGUGAUGCUGACCACAUCACCUCCAGUGUCGGAUGGUCAAGAAAAAUGGUGGCCCUUGCCUCCCCUUCCCCAAUGGGCCUUUAUGGCCUGAAAAAGGACCUACCUACCUGUAACAAAAUAAAUCAAUCGACAGUACAGAAGAAAACUCACAAAUUUCAAAGUAAGCACAAAACCGUGCAUUCGGAGUCGCCGUGUUGUGGCAGACCCCUGGGAACUUAUUCGAGUCCCCAAGAAUUGCAACGUGAACCGGCCCUUCCUGCUCACUAGUCCCUGCCCUGACCAAUGCAAUGCGAUGUUCGAGCGAAUAAGUACAGGUAGCGCAGCCGACAUUUCACCGCAGAAUUAUUCCAGCGUGAUCCGCAUGCAGAGCUAACAAGCAGUAUUUGUCUGCAAAACUGUCUCGAAGUUGAGAACAAUAUUUCUAUCGGAUGAAAAGAGCUGUAUGCACAAGCCGGCUUAUUUACAACGUAAUGGGGCCACAUCAUCUCACCACAAGUUUUGUUGCCUCGUUGUGAAAGGCAGGACAGGGCACUGCACAUACCUGGAAAUUUCAUGUAUUUUGUGAUGUAAAUUGGAGGUUUUACCAGUUACUGUGUACAUCAAUGCUGACCCCGAAAUAUGAAAAUAAUGUUACAGUCCCCCUUUAAUAUUACUGGUGGGCUGUGAAACUUCUCACGGACACGCUGGAAGAAAAUCCCUGGGAAAGUUUGAGUCAUCUCAGGGAAAAUGGAGGCUGCUUAAGGCUAGGAACUACGGAUGGUUAUUCUAUGGAUAAUCAAUAUCCCUCAGUUUUCCCUAUUAGUGUCAAUAAAACAUGAUGUCACUUUUCCUUUCCAUCUAAAGCAGGGAUAUUUUUUCCACAUCUCAGGUUCCACAAUCUAGUAGAGCAGCCGUAGGCUCUGUCUGUCUUUCUACAGGAGAAGCUAUUCCGAGUGGGUCCCAGCCAAGUCACGUAUUUCAGAUGUGUUAGUUCAUUAAAAGACUUUUACAGCAACUGCUGCUUUGAAGAUGUGCAAUACUGAUGUCACGGUAUCACAGCUGGGCACUUUCCUCAUUCACACUCUCUCAUGUUGUGAAUAUAAGGUACAGGAAGAACAGCUUACUAUCCACAGUAAAGGAUUUCCAUUUUACUAGUUGUUAUUUUACCAGCUACUUGCAUGCAAACUUAAUUUUCACUUCCAGUUCAUUUUCUUAAAAUCCUAAUUACUGCCUUCUUGUCCACUUUGAUUUCGUUUUUGAGGAUUUUUAAACACUGCAUGUGAAAUUAAUGAAUUAAUGUAUUUCUGAAGACAGUAUGUGGGUUGCAAGGUAGUAGACAUCUCAGAUUGAACCCUGCUGAGAGUAUUUUCAAAGUGUCCAAGUCUUUCACUAGUUUUCUGCUUAUAAUAGAAGGGCAGAAUGGUCAAGGCAUGAGAGACUGACCUCAAGUCUAACGUCUGAAUAUGUGUAAAGGUUAGUGCAUUCUUUCGUGUAUCUCCCAAAAGCUUUAUAAAAAUGCCACUUCUAUACAAACCCAUGGUCACAUUGCAAACUGUACUGGUUUUGACAAUGACUCUCGUCAUUUUGUACGUUUCCCGUUGUAAGUGAAAUAAACUCAUGUAGGCUCCCCAUAUACCAGAAAUAAUUUCUGAUAUAUAUCAGAAAUAUCAGCGCUUGCAGAUUUGUCUCUUUCAGCAGGAACGUCGGUGUCCUGCAGCUGGGUGUGAGAAGAGCUGUGCCGAAUCGUACUGUGCCAACAGUGGGAUCACUGAAGUAUCAGUGAGAGGACAGAACAAAAGCGCUGCUGUGAAGGUCAUGUGCGCAAAUAUCAGGCCAGAGUCUCCCAGGUCCAGUUACUCUGUUACCGGAACUGGCUGAAAUCGAUCCACAGCGGCCCGACAUCGCCUGUCCCGGUCUGCCCGGACGAGGGACGCCACAGAACUUGCGCAGUCCCUCCGGGACACCCCCCCAAAACACCCCACUGCCACGGCGCGAUCACCUGUUCACUGCGCAAUAACCAGCUCCUGGUUAGGAAUAAUAAAGGCAGACGUGCAGUUAUUCCAGUAGUAUCUCCCCGUAACCCCAGAGAUAUAGUUCUCUCAGAGAGUCUAGGAUAUUUAAUUGGGAACGUGUUUUUUUCUGCACCGCUGUGCUUUGACAAACUUUUGGGCUACAGUGUUGCGCGGAACCAGCAGCAGAGCGAAGCGGCCGUUUCAACCCCCCGAGCGCUGCUAGUUGGAGAUACAGUAUUAUUCCCUCUCUGGUGUCUUCAGGGGGGUGGAAGCUUGUGACUAUAGUGCAGGCAGUCUGUCAUCCUUCUUGUAACGAAUCAAGGAGGCGGAUGAAUCUGUAGAGAUGCAGUUCAUCGGAUUUGGGACCGAUUACGCUCCUUAACGCAAUUUUCUCAUUGCUCGUCUAGAAUAGCAGUGUGUGGUACAGGAGUACUUCGACCCGGUACCAAUGCUUUUAUUUGCUUCAUUGGCUACGAGCCCUAAACGUCCAAAUCAAUCGGAAAGGCACAGAUCGCAUAAAUACACCGAGCGCAAGAUUGUGUUCUGGAUAUCUUUUCCGUUUACAAAAAAUACCCCCAAGCAACAACGUUAAUGAAAUUGUUUAUUAGAGAUAUAACGCCGCACGUCUGUGGAAACCUAUGUUUAGUUUUUGAUAAUACUCAAGCUCGUCUUCUCGAUGCGACACCGGAAAAACGAGAGCGCAGCCUGCGCCCUCCCCCACCUUCCUCGCCGUAUGGCGUCUUUUAAGCUCACUCCGUCGGGCCGAGAGACGCUGAACGUACCUCCAGCAGGGCGACAGAUUAGCUCUGCUAAUGCGAGACGGCCUCUGUGUAACUCUGCUGUUAAUUAAGCAGAUGCCACGGGUAUUUUUCGCCACUUGUUGAAAACCGGUGUCCGGAACGGGUGAAGAUGGCGGGAAGAGGCCGUGGACGGGGUCUGGCCGCCUUAACUUUCAAUAUCGAAGCCCUCGGCCUCACCCGAGGGGAAGCGCUACCAGAGACCUCGUUCAGGCCGAAGCCCCUGUUCCCGGAUGUGGACUUCAAGCCAGUGCCCUUGAAAAUGGGAGAAGACCAAGAUUAUAUGCUGGCCCUGAAACAGGAGAUGAGGGCUGCAGUGAAACUCCUGCCUUACAACAUACCUUUGCCAGCUGAAAAGAAAGAUGUGGAAAAAUACACAAAGGAAAAAACCAGAGAAGGGGACAACACCUGGAAACCAGACUGGCGACGCCUUCCGAAAGAACUAAUGCCACAGAGGAAGAAGCAAACAAAACCCAAGGCUAACAAGAAAUCUAAGCCAAAAACAAGUGCAGGAAAAGAAGAAAUUUUGAGUAAGUUAGAGAACUAUCAUUGGUGCAGGACCUGGAGAAGAAAGAUGAAGAAAGGAAAUCUGAUGAAGAAGAGGCAGAGAAGAAGAAAGAAGAGGAAGAAGAAGAGGAAGGUGUACAGGGAGAGGAGUACGAUGAGGAAGAGUUGGAGGAGGAGAAUGACUACAUCGCCUCCUACUUCGAAGAUGGGGAUGAUUAUGGUGCUGGCAGCGAUGACAACAUGGAUGAAGCCACUUACUAACCUGCUCUUAAACUAUGUGCCUGUGAAGCAUCACACCUGUGUCAUGUAAAGGACAGUGUCCUUAAAACUUCAUGGGGCAAAGGUUUACAGACAAUCCUGUCAGAUGCACUUUAAAUUAUAGUUUUGACUAUCUACUUUUAGUUACAUACAGUAUUUAUUAUUAUGGUGCAAUAGGGUCCUGCUGUUAUAGCUCAGUAUUUAUAUCCAGAUUAGUUUGUUUCAAUUUUAGACAGGAAAUGUGCCUUUAAAAUAGAAUUUUAUAGAACUUAAAUCUAUUGCAUUUAAUGGCAAUAUAAAAACAGCUGACUGUACAAUUGCAAGGUACAGUAGGUCACAGGAGUGUCUAAAAAUAGGUGUUUUUAGGGAGAGUUGGACGAGUCUUCAUCUUUAUGGCAUCUAAAGAUGUUCAUUCAUUACCAAUUCAGAUGAUGUCAAUUGUUUGAGGGGAGUAAGCUACAUCCAACAGUCUUACGUUGCCUAAAAUACAUUUGCGCCUCCUGAAAGAACCAGGUUAGAAAUGAGAAUUCAAGAAUAAAAAAUGAAUUUGUGGUUAAGCUUCAUUUAUACUUUUGCUUUUCACAAACUUUAUGUUGCCUUCAAUACUGAAGAGAAAACAAUAUUUUGCACUGUUCAAGGAUAUAAGCUUUACUUUCUGAGAAAUAAAGUUCUGUGCGCA